CAGAGAGAUGUACGUGUGUGGUCGUUAGUACACGUGUGUAAGUGCGCACGCUCUAUUCGUACGAGCGAGGGAAUGUGAACGUGUGUUAGUGUUUUACCUUACUUCGGGAACACGUCAGGGAAGGGCAGGGAAUGAUGUGUUACCCGGGGGGAAAAGAAGAUAUAAAGGAAGACGCGAGAGAUGCGUCAACAUGGAUGUGAGAUUACAGAUGCCACGUUCGGGAUUUCAAGCUCCGUGGAGAGAGACGUCGCAUCCAUUUAAAUGUCAUUGCGUGGAAUUGACAGGGUCUUUCCUUCUAUCAUUUGGUGUGACACGUGGACAAUAUCUUUCGGUGUUACAUCUAUUACCUACGUUACUGGGCUCACCGACACACAACUAUAUACCACUCGUCUGUAUAUCACACUCGUGCACACCAUGUACGUGCACACAAUAUACAUGACAAGAGCAAGCAAGAGGGAAAGAGAGAAGGAAAGCUCGACAGUCGGUGGGAGUCCGAGGCAGCGGAUGCAGUAGUGAUGGCGGCUGCGUUGGAUGUUUAGCCUGGGCAGGCCAGGUCGGAGGAGAGAAGGAGGUGGAUGAGGCAGGUGGGAGAGAAAAAGAAAGAGAGAGAGAGAGAAAGAGAAAGAGCCAGGUCGGAAUGGAAAGACAGCCAGGUUGCCCGACGAGGUGGCAGGGGUGAGGUGGCGAGGCAGGGAACGGCUUAGCCUGGCGCUGCCUCGAUCGUAACCACGAGCGGAGUGUUGAGAGAGCAACCGAGAGUCCCGUUGGCCCUGGUGAUCACCCGCACCGGGUGAGGCGUCAUGAAAGCGCGCCAGUCGACCGAGUGCAUCUACGGCCGUACGAAAGCACGCUGAACGCUUCGCUUGCUCUCCCGAUUCUUUCUCACCGACGUCGCGCCUUCAUCCAAUUUCGGAGCUCGACGGAGCUUGACACACGCGGCGACCUCUCAGGGACUUGCCCAGGUGUUCGUCAGGAUCUCAGAAUGAUAGAGAUGACAGGCAAAUUAGUAACGGCUUUAUCAAUGAACGAGAUCGCGAGUUUGACGGAUGUUGUUUCUCUUCUCGUUAAAAAAUCGUGAUUUGGGGCGGUGAAGGUGGGAGCACGACCAGUGUCCUUGAUGUUCAAUGAUCGAUUGAUAUCACGCAAUAUCAGAGAAAAGACUCACUUUGUGCGUUUAUAGAAAGUUGUGCGGUUUUAUUGUGUUCAUUUGAAAUCCGGGUCUAUUGAGAGAUUCAUGACGAUAUCCUUCUCCGAUUUAAAUAAAGGUCUAGGGAGCGGCAAGGACAAUGGCAUUGAAAUAAUGCUCAGAUACGUGCUUUUUUGUUAAGCAAGACUCAGCAUUUGUAUUCGACAUUUCUCACAUUUCUCAUGGGGAUACCUGACGGAUCAUUCAAGAUAAUUUCGUGUCAUUGACUUGACGUUUCGCGCCAUAAAUGUUCUCACGAGUAAUGCCUUGCACGUGAGCUGCAAUAAAAUAACGGAAGAAGUUUCUUCUGUAACUGAACGUAUGAAAUAGCAGAACAGUUUAAUCUGCUCAUAAUCCGGCCAUAACUUAUAUUCCGUGUCAAGUUCCAUCGUAUGCUUAAACUCGUGAUAUUUCUUUUCAGUGACAGUAGAUGAAGCAAGAUACAAGAUAUCUGUCUAGAUACACGUACAAGUAUGGUAUAAAAGAUUGCAAUUAAAAGACAAUUAAAUAUCAGCGCAAUAAUUCGAAAACAAGAAUCGUCUUUUUUGGACAAAAUCACACAUUUCCGAUCAUCGAGCAAUGUCGCGGCUAUUUCCAAUGUUUUGUGCUUGCUUCGUUACCUUAUUGUUGUCACAUUGACCGCGCCGGAGGGUGCCACCCUUGCAGUUCGUUAUUUCGUUCCGCAUAUUGGAGUACUCAAGUUCCAAAGCAACGAAGGGAGGAAAAUAAUCCAGUCCAGAGGAAUAGUCGAUAUCAUGCUCCGUUUUGUGAAUGUAUAGAUGCCAUGAGAAAAAGAUAUGCAGAAGAAAACGAAGUAAAUAAAUACAUAUAAGUAGAAAUAGCACAAUAGUGCGCGUGAUUUUCACGAGAAAACGGAAUAAUUUAUAUAAUCGCCUUUUCUCUUUCUCGAUUCAACUCUUGCUGCAUACAUUAAUAUAAGAUUUCUUUACGUUACUUCAAGGGUAACGUGAAGGAAAACAAAGCUGUUUGGUCUUUAAUGAGCGAAGGAACCGGUAUUCCGCUGAACAACAUGAAGAGAGGCAGAAUGAAAAGAUACGAUACGCAUAAAAGGUAAAGUAAAGGCAGAUAUUCCCGGCUAAUAUAAUUAUACCAGUUGCUGAUAUAUACAUCUUCAACAUUAGAUAGAUAUCAAAAUGUAGAAAGAAGUUUUACAAUAAGAGUGAUGAAUAUGAAAUAAAAAUAUGAAAAAUAAUACAUGAAAAUAUAUUAGAAAAUAUAUUAUCUGUAUAUAUAUUUAUAUAUCAAUUACUGUCCGCUUUUUAAAAUUACCUCACAAAGGAAACGUGCGAUAAUCAAAAUUAUACAGACAGCAUUCCACGAUUGAAUAUAUAUUAAAAAAAAAAAAAAUAAAUGCAAUGUAACAAAGCCAAACCACUUCAAUUUGGCGCAAAAAUUCUGCGACUAGCAUGUCGAAUUUAUGAAAAGUGAGACGCUAAGAUACAGGAAAAAGAUUUACAUCGACCCGUUAAAAAUUUACAUAACACUCCCCGGGACACCUGACAUACUGGAUGCGCCGGAUUCGAGUGGGAGGAGGAGAGUCCAAGGACUGAGAGCGGCGAUUUCGAGACUCCCGUGUCAACUGAAUCAUUGUUUCGAACUCGUGAUAACGCAUGUCUCUUUAGUCAGCGGACUCGGCACCACGCGGUUCCACGGCUGAUAUGGCAGCCGUUGUUCCUACCACCGCGUUUCCUCGACUCCUCCACCAUCGUCGCCGUCACUACGUCCGAGACCGGCGUAGCUGUCAAACGACCGAACAGGUGUUACCGCGAGGUGCCCGGAGUGGGAUACGCGAUUUCUUGUGAUACUACACGCGCGACGCGAUUACGAAGAAGUGAGUCCCAGUGAGUCGGCGAUCGAUCGAUGUGACACGCACAUUCCUCGCGCAUUCCUCGUUACUUAAUCGGAGGUGUAUUCGUGGGAGUCAAUUACGUGAGGUGCCAGUGAGUGUCUCGGUGGACCGAGAACAGUUGUUUCCGGAAGACGAGGAUUUUGGAGUAAAUUUAUAUUUAUCAAAGAUGACGUGCCGCAAGAUCUCCUAUCCGCAACCAAUAUCCAAAUUCAGCGGCAUCCUCCUGCUGUCGCUGAUUCUUUUAACCGAGGUCACGUACUCGGCUGAUCUCGCAAUCGAGAUACCAGGCAACCUAAGCCAGGGUGGUUCCUGGUACCGUUUGGAUUACAGCCCACCCGUUGGCUCUCCACCGCCAAAUACCACUAUAGCCGCCACUGAAAUCGGUGAUGUCAUAAAGUUUAAGGAUGGCCUGCCCGGGACGAGAUAUGAAUAUUGGCUGUAUUACAGCAACAGUACUCUUCACGACUGGCUGACGUGGACCGCUUCGAUUACGACACCACCCGAUCCGCCUUCAAACUUGACGGUAUCGGUGCGAAAUGGGAAAACCGCGAUCGUAUAUUGGUCACCUCCGGCCCAAGGGAAUUAUUCCGGUUUCCGAUUGCGGACGCAGAGCUUCAGCGACACCGGAAAUCCCAAGACCAGUGUCAUCCCAGUCGACUCGGUGCCGUAUACACUCCGAGAUCUCACUCCGGGUGCCACGUACUCGCUUCAGCUCUUCACCGUGCUGGACGCCAAGGAGAGCGUCGCUUACACCAGCAGGAACUUUACGACAAAACCGAAUACUCCGGGAAAGUUUAUCGUCUGGUUCAGGAAUGAAACGACGCUGCUGGUGCUAUGGCAGCCGCCUUAUCCUGCCGGAAUAUACACGCAUUACAAAGUUAGUAUAGAUCCACCGGACGCCAUAGAAUCCGUUCUCUAUGUAGAGAAGGAGGGCGAGCCGCCUGGUCCUGCACAGGCAGCUUUCAAAGGACUCGUUCCAGGUAGAGCGUAUAACAUUUCCGUACAGACUGUUUCUGAGGACGAGACAUCCGCGCCCACCACAGCUCAGUAUCGUACCGUGCCGUUGCGUCCUCUCAAUGUGACCUUCGAUAAAUCUUCUGUAACGUCGACUUCCUUCCGCAUGUUUUGGAAUCCGCCCAACGGAACUUCCGAGUUCGACAAGUAUCAGAUAUCGCUCGGUAGUAAUCGUAGACUCGCGCCUGUCACGCGAAACCGGGACGACGAAAACAGAUGGGAGUUCAAAGACUUGGAGCCUGGCAAGACAUAUCAAGUGGUCGUGAAGACGGUUUCUGGCAAGGUCACCAGCUGGCCGGCCAGCGGGGAUGUCACUCUCAAGCCACUACCUGUUCACGACCUUAGAGCAGUGAUCGAUGAGAAAACUGGUAUGGUGGAGGUUUCCUGGAGUCCGGAGAAUUCCAGUACACAAGACAGUUACAAGUUACAAUAUCAUGAAGUUGAAACGACAAUUGGUGGCGAUAGUAACACUUUGACGACUGAUAAAACAAAGGUUACUCUGGAAGCUCUGCUGCCAGGAAGAAAUUAUUCUAUAAUAGUGCAAGCAAUUAGCAAUAAAAUUGAAUCAAACGAAACCGUCCUGUAUCAAGCGACGCGUCCAGCCAGUCCUGUGAUCGAAGAUCUGAAGCCAAUUGAAAAGGGUUUAAACAUUUCCUGGAAGAGCGAUGUCAAUUCUAAGCAGGAAAAGUUUGAAGUAACCCACAACAGGAAUGACACCGGAGAAAGCGCGACCACUCUGACUACGGAGUCGCAUAUCGUCUUGGAAGAUCUUUAUCCUGGUGCAGCAUACGAGGUCAAAGUCUUUGCCAUUAGCCAUGGACUUCGAAGCGAGCCACACGAUUACUUGCAAGCUGUCUUGCCUCAUCCACCGAAGAAUCUCAGUAUCGAGAAAGUUACGAGCAACACUGUUGUCGUGCACUGGGAAGCUCCGACGGACUCAAUAUUUACCGAAUACUCCAUCAGAUACCGUACGGAAGACGAUCCUAGAUGGGUCAAACUUCCAAGCGUUCGUGAUAUGGAAGCGGAAGUCGCGGAUAUGACACCUGGCGAGAGAUAUACUAUACAAGUAAACACUGUCAGUUAUGGCGUCGAAAGUUUGUAUCCGUUGCAAGUGAAUCACACAGUCAGACCCAAUCCAGUUUUAAAUAUCACGCCAAUCAUCGACUCUACCAACGUAACUCUCGAAUGGCCACGACCGGAAGGUCGUAUCGAGACCUACGUUAUAAAAUGGUGGCCGAUAAAAAAUCCAGAGGACUCCAGAACGAAGAAUGUCAGCGAGAGCAACGAUGUAGCCGAUAUCAAUUUUGAAGAAAACGCUGUGCAAAUAGAAAAGGUUCUAGUAAGCGAUCUGAUGCCUGGAGUACAGUACUUCUUCGUAGUCUACACGGUGUCUUACGAUCUAGUCAGCGACAUUAGCAAUUUAACUACAAGAACGAUGCCGCUGAUCCAGUCCGAGGUCGUCGUAGUGGUCGACCGGGAUCAACCGGGGUCAUUGACAUUGCGAUACACGCCGACGCCGAUACAAUCUUCCAAGUUCGAUCUUUACCGAUUCAGGAUUAGUGAUGACACUAACACCACGAAAGAGCGUAUGGUAGACGAUACUGAUACCAAAGUUACAUUUGUUGGAUUAACACCUGGUAGAUUGUAUAAUGUAACCGUUUGGACAGUAAGCGAUAAUGUAGAGAGCAGACCUCUCCUACGGCAAGACCGACUCUAUCCCGAACCGAUCACUGCGAUCCACGCGAUUGACGUGAAUGAUACGAGGAUCACGUUGACCUGGGACAUCCCGCAUGGAGAGUAUGAUGCUUUUGAAGUACAGUACAUUAACACAGAAGGGAAUUACAUACAAAAUAUAACCUUGGUCAACAUGAUCACCAUCUUUGAUUUGAAGCCGCAUAGAAAUUAUACAUUCACGCUGGUUGUACGUUCGGGCACAGAAUCCUCUAUUUUGAGAGUCUCAAAUCCGCUCAGCGCCAGCUUCACCACCAGCGAAUCGUAUCCGGGAAAAGUGGAGAAGUUUCAUCCCACCGACAUUCAACCGAGCGACAUCAACUUCGUCUGGUCUCUACCCAGUCAGGAACAAAAUGGCGUCAUUAGAAAAUUCAGCAUCACUUACAACUUAGAAGGUUCGACCUACACCCAGAUGCAGGACUUCAAGCCAAACGAAUUCCGCGGUGUCAUCAAGUCUCUUAUACCGGGUAAGACGUACGUCUUCCGAAUUCAAGCUGAGACGAAGAUUGGCUUUGGUCCUGAAGCGAUCUGGAAGCAGAAAAUGCCGAUAUUGGCACCGCCAAAGCCGUCUACGCAAGUCGUGCCGACCGAGGUCUGCAGGAGUAGCACGACGAUACAAAUUAGAUUCAGAAAGAAUUACUUCAGCGAGCAAAACGGCGCGGUCACAUCGUACACCAUCAUUGUCGCUGAAGACGAUAGCAAGAACGCUUCUGGAUUGGAGAUGCCCAGCUGGCGGGACGUUCAGGCUUACAGCAUUUGGCCACCAUAUCAGGUGAUGGAACCGUAUUAUCCUUUCAAAAACGGAUCUGUGGAGGACUUUACGAUCGGUUCUGAAAAUUGCGACAACAAAGUUGGAUACUGUAACGGACCAUUGAAAUCGGGAUCCACUUAUCGGGUGAAGGUGCGCGCUUUCACAGCUCCGGACAAAUUUACGGACACCAGCUACAGCUUUCCCAUCCAAACAGGAUUGCUGCUGGCAGAUAAGGACAACACGGCCAUCAUAGUCGGUGUCACCGUCGCCAUAGCGUUGCUGCUGUUUCUAUUGGGCAUUGGGCUGUUUAUGCGAAGGAGAAGAAAUCAGGGUCGCAAAACGACAGAAACCAGGGCAACCGACAACCUGUCAUUGCCGGACAGCGUCAUUGAGACUAGUCGGCCUAUUAAAGUUGAAGAUUUUGCCGAGCAUUAUCGUACAAUGUCGGCGGAUUCCGACUUCCGGUUCUCGGAAGAGUUUGAAGAGCUGAAGCAUGUCGGAAGAGAUCAGCCUUGCACAGCGGCGGAUUUGCCUUGUAACAGGCCUAAAAAUCGCUUUACGAAUAUUCUUCCGUACGAUCACAGUAGAUUCAAGCUUCAACCUGUCGAUGAUGAAGAGGGUUCCGACUACAUCAACGCUAAUUAUGUUCCGGGUCACAAUUCGCCAAGGGAGUUUAUUGUGACUCAAGGACCGUUGCACUCGACUCGCGACGAUUUCUGGCGAAUGGUGUGGGAGAGCAAUAGCAGAGCUAUCGUGAUGCUAACGAGAUGUAUCGAGAAGGGCAGAGAGAAAUGCGAUCAUUACUGGCCGAUGGAUACUUUACCGGUUUAUUAUGGAGACAUUUGUGUCACGAUACUAAACGAGACGCACUAUCCAGAUUGGAGCAUCACAGAAUUCAUGUUAUGCAGAGGCGAUAUAAAGAGAGUAAUACAGCACUUUCAUUUUACCACCUGGCCGGAUUUCGGCGUUCCCAGUCCACCUCAGACUUUGGCGAGGUUUGUGCGAGCGUUCAGGGAACGUGUUAGGCCCGAUCAGAGGCCCAUAGUCGUUCACUGCAGUGCCGGCGUAGGUCGUAGCGGCACUUUUAUCACCCUCGACAGAAUAUUACAGCAGAUUCUCGUAUCGAAGUACGUUGACAUCUUUGGAAUCGUCUGGGCGAUGAGGAAGGAGCGAGUCUGGAUGGUGCAGACGGAACAGCAGUACAUUUGCAUCCAUCAGUGUCUUCUAGCUGUUUUGGAGGGACAAGACACUACUGGACCACCACGAGAAAUUCAUGACAAUCAGGGAUUUGAAGGCAAGAAUCGAAGCUCGGUCGAAAACACUAAGAGUCCUGCCGAGGAUGAGAAGGAGAGGUGACCUUCGAACAGCGACUCCUGCGUCGACGAUGACGAAGGAAUAGCCGAAUCGGGGAUGUGAUGGUUCGAUUACUGGUUAGCAGUGAUAAAUGAUGGUGACAAAAACGGAUCUCGUUUUCCAAAGGCGCUCGAAUCUUCAGGAUUUUUCAAAUUUAUUUGGAAAAGAAAAACGUAGAAAAUAACGAAUUUUUUACGCAAAUAGCGCAAAAAUAAUUUGAUCGGAUUAGAUAUCGUGUGCAAGAUAUAAAUCGAUGGAAGACAUUUCUUGGAAGAAUACGCGAAUAGCGGUAUUAAACAACGAGUGAGCACACACAUUUUUAUUCUUCUACCGUCUACAUAUCGAAGAGGAGCGUGUUCAAUUCCGUGAUACACGUAGAAUAGUUUCACGAUUAAGAUAAUUAUGUCGCACAAAAAGAGGAUGCGUGGGACAAUAACAAAUGAGAAACUGAGUGUCAAACAAAUUGAAUAUGCUGCCAAGAGUGUGGGAUUACAAAUCAAAUGCAUACGCGAUGUUUCGCGUUUCGUGCAACGAUCGGAGAUUACGUCUUUAUUAAUACAUAUACCUAAAACUCACGUAUACAUAUGUGUGUGUGUGUGUGUGUGUGUGUGUGUGUGUGUGUGUGUGUGUGUGUGUGUGUGUGUGUAUGUAUGUGUGUGUGUGUGUGUGUGUGUAGUGGUAGUGUGGUGUGUGUGUGUGUGUGUGUGUGUGUGUGUGUGUGUGUGUGUGU